GGCCGCCGCUCCGAACGCCGCCUCUAGCCUCCGCACUCCGCGGACCACAACUUUCCCGUACUUUUCCACGCACGCUAGUGAUGUGAACCGAACGUAUCGCCGUAAUGCACCGUAUUGUUUGUGACGCUCCCGUGUUGUGAAUGAGUGACAACCUUUAUGUGCCGCCUUUAUUACUGUUCGGGAAUUUUAUUGGCGAAUAAAUACGUUUAAUAUGUCGGAGGCAGCUGUGCCAUCGGAUAAUCAUCUCUAAACAAAACCACAAAGGAUGCUGACAAGCGAACGGACGCUUUAAGAUGUGUGCGUGAAUGUGUUUAUUGGAACGACAAUUUUCGGGAACAUUAAAAUUGUGAAAAGUAUGCCAAAAACAAAAACUUGUGGUGUUGAAGGAAAGUGUAUUCAGUGAACGUUGUUUUACGUUGUAUGGUGUAAAGUAUGCAAUAGUUGGGUUGGAUUAAGCGGGUGGAGGGAUGCGGAGAGGCGGCGUGUGACGGCGCGGCGCGCGGCCAGCUAGCGGCACCGCGGCGGAUGCGGCGAGCCAGCGUGUACAGCGUGAGCGAGGGCCUGGAGCGGUGCGCCUGUGCUAGGUAGCGCGGGCGCGGGUGCGGGUGCGGGUGCGGGUACCAUGGCCGGCUGAUGGAGCCGGGCUGGUGGUCGCCCUCGCCGUCGGCCUCGCCGCCGCCGCCGCCCCGCGCCCCGCCGCCGCGCUGCCGUUGCCGACAACCCUUCUCUACCAGCUACACCUGCUUGCCGCACUAUGAUGGAUGGCCAGAUGGCGAGGAAGAGUCAUCAGGCGGUGCCUUACGUGAGCGGGAGUUACGUUCCCUGCACCGAACCGUACCUGCACUGCGCCGCCGAGAGCUUGAUACCCGCGCCAUCAAACAUCACUUCUACCCAGAGGGGGGAUGGGGAUGGAUUGUGUGCGGAGCCGCAUUCCUGGCCCAUCUCCUGUCUACAGGGUUGCAGCUAGCCUACGGAGCGCUUCAUGUAUAUGCCUUGAGACAUCUCGGACCCUCUGCCGACCACGCUGUUUGGGCUGGUGCACUAUGCGUGGGAGUAUCUCGAGCUGCAGGCGCAUUUGCAGCAGGUCGUAGAAGAUCUCCUCGCCUGGUGGCACUCCUCGGCGGCCUGUUACUGCCUCUCGCUUGCCUCUUCACUUCAUUCGCCACGCAGCUCCAUCAGACCUUACUCAGUUACGGUGUUGUGCUGGGCGUGGGAUGUGGAUUCGUUCGUGAAUCUGCUGGACUGGUCCUUGGUGCCUACUUCAGGAGACGAAGACAGUUUGUAGAGCUGGUCGCCCAUGCCGGAGGAGGAGUGGGCAUCGCACUCUUCAGCGUCGCUUAUAAGGAAGCCGUAGGGAAAUUAGGUUGGCGUCUGGGCUUACAAGCAGUCACCGGCGUGCUCGUCCUCGCCUUCUUCCUAAGUGCAGUAUACCGCAGCGCGUCGCUUUAUCACCCCCAACGACGCGCCAUCCUUCACCUCAAAAACCAAAGACGAAAGGUAAGGCCGGUAAAAGAAAAGAAAGGCCUAAAGAGAGGACCAAUCUUCGAUUUAAGCCCUCUCCACUCUCGACCGGCAAAAGUUUUGUUGCUGGCGGCCGGGAUAGCUGCUUUUGGACUUUAUACUCCCGUCUUUUUUCUGGCUUUGCAAGGCUUUCAAGAAGGUUUAGAAGAGAGUGCUCUAGUGUUGUUACAAACGUUCCUGGGGUUCGCUGCGGUGCUCGGUUGUGCUGGCUUUGGGCUCGUGCUAGUGCGACCGUCAGCGCAGUGCCUCGUUUCUAAGCAAUAUCUUUGUCAAACAGCAAUGGUUGGGAUAGGUAUUUCAAUGCUCGCCCUAAGCAGCGUGGAAGGCUAUCACGGAUACGUGCUGUUUGCUUGGAUGUAUGGACUUUGUUUAGGAGGAUAUUUAUAUUCUAUGAAGAUGCUCACAAUGGAACGUGUUCGGGGUCGGCAUUUUACAAGAGUUUGGGGUUUCGUGCAAGGUGCUGAAGCUAUCCCUGUCAUGGUUGGUGUACCAGUAACUGGUUACAUCAAUCAACAAGUGCCGAGGGCAGGCUUUUAUUUCUCGUCGGCAGCUACGCUGGCGGGAGCUAUGUUGUUGUUCUUCGUUGGGUUUUCUAAGCGAGAACCGGAGCCGCCGCCGCCGGCUCCCGCGCCUACACUGGUGGAGUCAUGUCCAUGUGUGACACCGCCACCUCGCUGCGAACCUGCUUGGUGCGCUUGCAGCGCUGGUGGGGCGACGGCGUACUGUGCAUGGCCGGGGCCUACGUGUGGCUCGCGGCUGCCAAAGUCGCUGUCGUACGCGGCGCCGCUGGACCGCGCGUGUUGCUCGGCAGCGCAGUGUCCGGACUGCUACAGGCGCGCGCCGCCGCUGCGUCCGUCGCGCUCUGUGCCCGAAGGGCUGGCGACGCGCGGCACCAUGUGGUCGCGCGGCGGCUCGUGUCGCGCCGCCUGCCGCCGCCGAGAACAUCACCUCAUUGAACAAAUUACCACAUCAGUAUGAUGUUAACUCUCAAACAAUAGUGCUAAUCCCGUUCUCCACAUGUUGGAGAGAGCGUUAUUUUCUUUUUUAGUGACUGCAGACAUUGUGUAAAUAAAUGUUUCCGUAGUAAAUGAUGUAUCUACUAAUUGAAGUGAACGUUGAAGUGAUAGAUUUAUUGAGGAAGCAAUAAAGUGAAACAAAAUAACUUUUGAUCCUACAAUUACGCCACAAACCAGUGAACUGAAAUGUUUUCCUUUGUCUUUUGAAUCAUAUCGCGUACAAUAAAACGUUAUUAUUAUUUUCAAAACGGUCCAAUAGCCAUGAAGUUGUUCCUGGGAUUGGGUCGUUUUCAUAUUUGCUUGUUAAACAAAAAUCCACUCCACAUAAUGUAUGUACCUACCAGUAUCUUCCUUGGACAUCAAACAGGCCAGAGAGUAGAACGUUAACUGUAAAAUAAAAUAGCUAAUUUUUCCUACUUCUUAAAGUACUCGUGGGACCUUCGUCGUAGUUAAAUAUUCAUAUUUUAUAAUGUAGCGACCACCACUUUUGAAUCAUAAAUUCUUCAAUCUUUGUGUCAUAUUUACCUAUCUUACUGAAACUAUAAUAAUAAAAUAUUUAAUCUUAUGUUAAUCAAUAAAUGAACAGAUAUAUUAUAGUACCUACUGUGAGGAUAUCACUAUGUUUUACCACAAUAGUCUGUUUGAUGAAAAUAAAGUCAAUUUUAGAGAACAUAUAUUGUACUUAAUUAAGAACUAAGUUGUAUAGUUUCGUUUCAAUGUUACGACUAUUGUUUAGAUGUACCUAAUGAUUAUAUUUUAUCGUUACAAGAUUUGUUGAUUUUGUACCAAAGUGUGAUUACAGUUUUGGUGAUAAAUAAAGAAUAAAGAGUUUA